AUGCAGGUUACCGAGCUCUCCGGCCUCAUUUGCCAAACUUUGGGAGCAGCAACAGCGGCCUCAGAUGGAGGACAGCCCCCGAUCGUGGGCCUAUACCUUGACACAAGCAUUGCAUACGUCAUUGGGGUGCUGGCAACUCUCCGCGCCAGGGCAGCCUUCAUGCCAUUGGACGCCAGGUGGCCGCCCAGCAAGCUGACAGCUGUGCUCGAUGAUGCGCGCCCUGCUGUCAUUCUCUGGGCAGACAAGGCUUGCAAUGGCUGCGGGCCUGUCGCUCAUGACCGCUGCCCACUCCUGCAGAUCCCAAGCACGCUCUUGGACCCUGCAAACCCAGCAGACAUCAGGGAAGGUCAGACAGCAGGCGCAGAAGUGGGCACCCAUCUGCAGGAAAAUGGAAUGAGCGAGCAGGCCGAUGCGCCAUCCAUUGCCUAUGUGAUGCACACAUCCGGCUCAACAGGUAUUGUGAACCGGUUCAGAUGGAUGCAGCGGGCACACCCAUUCAAAGCCGGUGACGUUGCCUGCUUCCACACUGCUCCCACCUUUGUGGAUUCCAUCUGGCAGAUCUUUGGGCCGCUGCUGGGGGGCGUUCCCUUGCUAGUCCUGCCACCCUCGGCCUCACAUGACUUGAGCGCCCUUUUUAAGGCACUGCAGCAGCAAAAUGUGACGCACUUUGUCUCCGUGCCAACGGUGCUUGCUGCUCUUCUGCGGUACAUGGACUUCACGGGUCAGCAAGCGCCCCCCUCCCUGAGGCUGCUGGUCUCCAGUGGCGAGCCCUUGCCCGCCCAAUUACUGCGCCGGCUGCAGGCAUUUCUGCCGCCGCACGCCGUCAUACUGAACCUGUACGGCUCCACCGAGACCGCAGCGGACUGCACAUGCUGUGAUGCGACCGCCUGGCUUCGAAGGAACGCCUCUGCAGCCCCUGGCGCUGCCACGCCAUCAGUCACGUUACUAAGCGUGCAGCUGUGCACAGCCGAGGACCAAUCGCACGGGAACCUUGCAAUUUCUUCUGCAAAAGGGGGGCCGCCAGCAUUGCAGUCCAGUUUUAAGAGUGCCGGGGACGCGCUUGUACAUGAGCCAGAUCCUGCUGGGCUGCAAGCAGACAGUGUGACAGCUGACAGAGGGGAGGAUGGGCGGGAGAGGAUAGGGGAAGAGCAGAGCAGCGUCGGGGAUGCAGGGAUAAGCACUGAGACAGUGCCGGUAGGCUGGCCGCUGGACAACAUGGCCGUGUUCAUUGCAGCGCCUGUUGGUGAUGGAGGGGGGCACAGCAGCGAAGAAGGGGCGGUUACCAGCAUGAGCGCUUCAGAAGUGCUGGACUUAGGGGAGGAGGGGGAGGUGUGUGUUGUGGGAGAUGGCCUCUCUGCUGGCUAUCUCAGGCAGCCAGAACAGACAAGGAGGCGGUUUGCCAGCAUGCAAACAGAGCAAUUGCGGGCAGCUUCUGCAGAAAUCCUAUGGGGCGAGGAGACAUCUGAAGAGAGCUGCUCAGCUGUAGCCAACAGCCAGCCAAGCAGCCAGAAGAUUUUCAGAACGGGCGAUCUGGGACUCAUCACUCCUCAUGGCCUGGAGAUUAGAGGACGCUUAGAUCUCCAGGUCAAGAUCGGCGGGGUCAGGAUCGAUUCGUUGGAGGUUGAGGCCUGUCUGGCGGCGCAUCCUGGGGUGGUGGCAGCAGCUGCCACUGUCUGGCCUGCAGGACCCCUCAAUGGCAUGCGUCUUUGCGCCUACGUGGAGCUGAAUACUUCUUCCACAGAGACCUACUCUGAGCUGAAGAGCUGGUGCAUGGAUUAUCUGCCUACGGCUGCCGUUCCCUCAAUCAUUGUUGUGCUGCCGGCGCUGCCGAGAUCCAGCGCAGGGAAGAUCCAGCGGGGGGACCUGCCACGGCCGGCAGGCCUGGCGCAGUGCAUCGAUGGUCCACCCUCAAUUGCUGCUGCCCAGUUGGGAGGGAUCAGUCAUCCAGAGGAUGGAGCGCAAGCCGCUCUCCCGCACGGCUUCCCUUUCGCCGGCCCCGGGGGGUUGGAGGCGGCGGCGAUGCGUGCAUUUAGCGCGGCUCUGGGCCUGCCCUCGCGUGCUCUGGAGCCCGGCACGGACUUCUGGAGCGCGGGCGGAGACUCACUGUCCGCUGCCCAGGUGGCUGGCUGGCUGGGUGUGGAUGUGCGCAUGCUGACCGCCUUCCCAACUGCAAGGACCCUGGCUGCUCAGCUUCGAGCCAUGCGCGCGACAAACUCAACGCCCAACCUAGACAGCCAAGAGAAGCCCAGCCGGGCUGCAGCGCCGAGUUCAGCCGCGCUUGAGAGCCGCCCAUUGCAGGAUGCACUCCAUGAGCAGCUCAGGAAGAGGCGGCGAGUAUCUGCGCGGGAGCCAGAUCAGGCUCCGGGCAGAGCUGACUGGACGCUGACUCCGCCGUCGCCGGCCCUCGGCGGCAUGGUGCUCCAGCGUGGCGGCCACGUCAGCGUGUGGCCGCGCUCUGGCGUUUUCUCUGCCGCAGCUACGCUUGCAUCUUCCGCGCAGUUUCCUCUGCAGCUUCCACAACUUGCCGGCAGCGCGUCUGAGGAAUCUGGCGCCCCAGCACACCGGUCACAUACAGCUGCUGGGGUCUCAACCGAGGAUGAGGGAGACAGGGUGGCUAAGAAAAGAGGUCAGGCGACACAGCAUGCUUCAGGGCUGGGACAAGGAGAUGACGUAAUGGAGGGACAGGAGAGAGGUGUGCUAUGGCGAGUGGAGAUGAAAGAGUGUGUGGAUGCAUCGCCGGUCAUCCUGGUGCAGGCGGCUUUAGAGCAGGCAGGCAAGCACAGCGGCUGGGAGCGUGAGGGGAGCCGGCAACUGAGAGAACAGCAGCUCAGGUGGUUUGUCCUGGGCUGCUCGCAUGGCGGCGACGUGGUGUGCAUUGACGGCCCCUCCGGCACGCCGCUGUGGAGGUCAACAAUUGGCGGCCGUGCUGAGAGCGGCCUGACUCUGACUGGCGACUUGCAGCAUGUAGCAGUGGCACAAAGCGAAGGCCGUCUGUGCUUUCUGCGCACGGCGGACGGCGUGGAGGUGGGCAGCUGCGAGACUGGAGGCGCUCUAAGGGCUGCCCCCGUGACUGACCCCUGGCUCGGGUACAUCUGGGCCGCCUCACAUGGCCGCCAGCUCAACAUCUGCAGAGCCCCAGGGGAGGUCAUACUGCGGCAGGAUGUAGGCUCGGCGGUGUCAGCGUCGGUAGCUUUCCAUGCAGCCAGCAGGCGAGCGUAUCUCUGCGCGCUGGACGGCACCCUCAGUGCCUGGGAUUUCAGCCUCGGGCCUCAGGCCGACCAAGAAGCAGGCAGGGGCAGCGAAGUUGGUAUUUUACUGGCAUGGAGUGCUCAGCUUGGCUCUCCUGUCUUUGCAGCGCCGGCUGUGACAGUUGAAACUGCCUCAGUCAUUGCGGCGACUGCCAAGGGCCAUGUCAUGGCCUUCUCUGCUGCAGGGCAGCUGCUGUGGAAGACAGAUAUUGGAUCAGCAGUCUUCGCAUCGCCGUGCCUCAUUGGCGGGAUUGAAACGGGAGGUCAGAUUCUUGUUGGGUGCCAACAAGGGACGCUUCACUGCUUAAAGUCCAGCGAUGGAGCAGUGGAAUGGGUGCAGCCGAUUGGCACAGGAGGCAUCAGCACAGCUGCCACGCCGAUACUGUCCGCCAAAGAUCGAUACGGGAAGAAGAGGUUCUGA